GAUAAAAAUAAAAUUGCUUUGAGAAUUUACUUUAAAAGCAAGCAAGUUGUAUUUAGAAUAAUGCAUGGUAAUAGUAAAUUUACCGUGUAGUAAUUUUUCAACAUUACAAAGACGCUCAAAAUUCGUUUUUUCUAGUUUAUUGUUUUAAAUUCUAAUUUCUAGUUCAAGCAGUUUGCAUACGAAAACAACUAAAGUAAACAAUAAAUAAAUAAAUUGUUAACUAGAGUUCUCCUUCAAAAGAUUAAAAAAAAAAACUUUUAGUUUAAAAAAUAAAAAAGAAUAUUAAAUAUUUUUCUCUUAAUGAAAACGUACAUAAAUUUAAAAUUUUAAAUAAUUAUAACAAGGAGAAGGUACCUACAAAAUACUGUUAUAAAAAUGUCGAAAACUACAAUUUUAUGCAAAGAUGGAGGGUUUGCUACACAAUUGUCGGUGCAUGUUGGGGAAAGAAUUGAUGGUAAUCCAUUAUGGAGCGCUCGUUUCAAUGCAACCGAUCCUGAUGCUGUUGUAAAAACUCAUUUAGAUUUUUUAAAAGCUGGAGCUGAUAUUAUUUUAACAAAUACUUAUCAAGCUAGCGUUGAAGGUUACAUGAAAUAUUUAGGAGUGACCAGAGAUCAAAGUAUCGAUCUUAUCAAAAAAACUGUCCAACUUGCUCAUAAAGCGAGAGAAACAUUCUUAAAAGAAAACAGUGAUAACAAUAGAGUUAAGGCACCACUUAUAGUAGCAUCUAUAGGGCCUUAUGGUGCACAUUUGCAUGAUGGAUCUGAAUACACUGGUAGCUAUGCGGAUUUUAUAACAUCAGAAGAUCUUCGCAAUUGGCAUCGUAUUCGAAUCGAUGCAGUUUUGGCAGCUGGAGUAGAUGCUUUAGCAAUUGAAACUAUUCCUUGUCAAGUAGAAGCUGAGUCCAUUAUUGAUUUGCUGUGCGAUGAGUAUCCAAAUGUAAAAUUCUGGAUCAGUCUUCAGUGCAAGGUGGAUGGAAGUACAAUAGCCCAUGGAGAAGUUUUUAAAGAUGUUUGUUUAACCCUUUGGGAUAAAAUGGAAAAACGGCAAGUUGUGCAAAAUUGCUUAGCACUUGGUGUUAACUGUUUAAAUCCACAAUUUGUGACUCCACUGUUUGAAUCACUAAAUGGCGAUAUUGAUGAUGAACAUAAAAUACCCUUAGUAGUUUAUCCAAAUAGUGGAGAAAUUUAUGAUGUAAAAAACGGUUGGACUGGUAAAGAAAAUUGUGUUACGUUAGAAAAAUAUGUACCAACCUGGAUAAAUUUGGGCGCAAAAAUAAUUGGCGGAUGUUGUCGCACUUAUGCCAGAGAUGUGUAUAAAAUAAAAGAAUGUAUUAAAAACUUAGAAAAAUAAUUCAAAAACUAUAACUUGUUAUUUAUGUAUAAGCAACAAUAAUUAUAUUUUUGCGAUAGUUUUUUUUAAUUUUUGUAAUUUUAUAUAUAAAUAAAUAAUUUUCAUGUUUUGAUAAAAAGAAAUAUAGUCGACAA